UUUGCAACUGGGCGUACUGAGGGAAUGGGCGUGCUGCCUCCUCUUUUCUGGCUAUAUAUGCGUGCCCUGUGACCGCUUCAUGUUGAUCUUUUUCUUUUUUCCUCAGACCUCUCUCGCCUCUCCGCUCUCCUUGAUCUUGCUUCUUGACCUUCCUUCCCUUGUCUGUUGGCGAGCCACUUAUUGAUACCCAUUGCUUUCUUGCUUUUAUCUUAUACUCUUUGGUAUACACCAUAGAGCAUUGCUUAUUUGCUGUGUUCUUUAAUUGAAAAGACAUUCCUUUAUCUUUACUCUCUACCCUCAGACUUGGAUAAAGCAUCCGGAAUGCGUCCAACUCUUCUGUUUGUUACCUGCUUGGCGGUAACAUCUAUUGCGGCGCCAACCCUCUUCGACCAUGCCUACGACUACUCCGACGACAUGGCGGGGUUUCUAGGGAAAGUGAGCAAGCAUAUCGACAAGCUCAAGGACCUGAUGGACACCUCAACGACGUGCGACGCGUCCAAAAUUGCCCUGCCGUCCUUCGCGUCGGAGCUCCCCUCUCCGUCCGGCCAGAAACCCCUUUAUGUUGCAGUAGGUCGUGGUACACAGAAUUAUACCUGUGCAACGUCCUCGUCCGACUCGAAGCCCGAAGCCGUUGGCGCCGUUGCCCGUCUCUACAACGCCACGUGCAUUGCAGCCAGUUACCCCGACAUGAUCGAGAUGCUCCCGAGUAUCGUGUAUAAGAUGCAGCUGCCGGACAGCGACGAUGACCCUCUCCCACCGGCCAACAUCGAUCUGCUUGGCCAUCACUACUUUGCGGGAUCAACGCCUGUUUUUAACUUUGAUCUUGCUUCGACGCGUCAUGGUAUCGCGUUUACAAAGAAGGGUGCCGAGAUUGAUGCUCCGUCCAGUGCUGUCAAGGGUGGCAAUGGCGCCGUUGCGUGGCUCUAUCUUUCCACGGUCAAUGGCACGGUUGGUCGGUACAAGAGUGUCUAUCGGGUAGACACGGCUGCGGGUCAAGCGCCAAAGACCUGUAAGAAUAUGCCGUCGCAGUUCACAGUGCAGUAUGCUGCCAACUACUACUUUUAUGAACGGUGAAGUGGAGUGUGCUGUACACAAUAUAUAUAGGGCGUUUUUCAUUUGUAUCACUUGGGAUGGACAUAGUUAUGACUGGCAUGACAUACACAGUUGACACC